AACCGACCUUCUGUCUUGUUGUGAGACAUCAGCAGUCGUCGGUCCGUCCGUUAACGUAUGCAGUGAUCUAUAAAAAUAAAUAAUACAUGAUAUCUUUGAUAUCACUUGAUAUUUAGGCCUAGAAAAAUAAAUCGAUCCAUUGUUUUGAUUGUGGUUGUUACAACUCGAAUCGUUGUUAUGAUCUGAAGUAUAUUUCAAAUACAAUAAGUUUUCUGUUUUAUUUUGUUUUGGUGCUAUGACUUCAUUUGUGCAUUCAUGUUUACUUCGAACAUGGCCCUGCUAAUGCCGUUUGUGCGGGAAACUCAAGUAGCAGAUUUUAAUGUGAGUGAUUUGGAUUUUUCGAAUCACACAAAUCUAUGGAUACGUUUACCUACUCACGAAAUUGCCCUCAAAGUGCUCGCACUGUUACCUAUAAUGGUAAUGGGGAUAUUUGGAAAUGUUGCAAUCCUAGUUGUAAUGUUACGAAUCAAAGGAAUGCGGACCUGUACGAAUAUUUUCAUUUGCAACAUGGCGUUGGCUGAUCUCAUGACCAUUCUGUGCUGUUCUUGGACUAUCAUCGUAGUAGAUGCCUACCAGAACUUCAUUUUAGGAAAAAUUUACUGCAAAUUGGAUGGUUUUUUUCAUGUGACAUUCUUACUCGCCAGCGUCUUUUCACUCAUCAUCAUAUCGGGGGACCGCCUCCUGGGCAUCGUGUUCCCCUUCUCUCGUCGCCUCAGCCGAGGGCAAGCCUGGAUCAUCGUCGUUGCCACCUGGGUGGCGGCCAUGAUGUGUGCUUCUCCAACUGCCAUCUGGAGGUGGCUGCAGACGAGGAAAUGGCAUGACUACGAGGAGGUGUGGUGUAAUGAGAAUGGGUUUCUCCUGAAAUACUAUUGGCUGAUGAUACUCAUUCUCUUGGUUUACAUGCCUUUGACGGUCAUGGCUGUCGCCUACACUGCAAUCAUCCUGCAGUUAGAUAAAUACGAACAUCAAUUGUUUCUGAGAGAACACCCCUUGAAAAUGAAAUACAGGAAAAAGGUAAUAAAGGUGCUGUUUAUGUAUGUCCUUAAUUACCUUGCUUUCUGGGUUUUGUUUCAAGUCGUCGUUCUUUAUCGUUAUUUUAAACCCCCUCAGCAAGAGCUUCCAUCCUGGUAUCGGAAAGUAUAUUUUCCAGCUCAUGUCCUCACCUACGCUCAAAGCGCCAUUAACCCCAUCAUUUAUGGCGUGUGCAACGAGAGUUUCAGGAAAGCUUUCCGGAUAACUUUCCGUUGCUUUUUCAAGAAAAACAAGAUCCGGCCGACUGCGGCUCCCAACUACGUGCAUUCUCCCCAGAGGGCGAAUCGUCCUACCGUCAACUGUGUGAAUAAAAACAUUUUUCAAAACGGGCAGGUUGCAGCCCCGAGCACUCAGGAGACAGAACUGAAAGACGUGCCUGACAAAAACUCCCACAGAAAAACCAGAACCUCCAAUGCUACUUGAAUUAAAUAAAGUUUCGUUUUAUUUUGUA